AAUCGCGCAGACUCAAUGUGUCUGGACUUGUCGUGAGGAGAAGAAGGGAGGACAGCAUCUUCGCCAACUACAUCUGGCAACCCACAUCGCUGCUCUGGACCUCCUCUAAGCACUGAGGAUUCUUGUUCACAUCCUGACAUGAAGCUCAAUUUCUUUGGUACCAUUGUGAUUCUGCUCGUUGCCUUCCUGCCGCGCUACGAAUGUCGGGCUGUUGAGAGCCCCGGCGGAGUUCUGCGCAUCCCCGCUGCCCAAAGCCCAAACUCCCAGCAGCAGCAGCAGCAGCACCGGUCGCCCUCAAGUCCCAUCCUGGAGCGCCUGGGCGAGGAAUACUUCCUCCGGCUGGGCAGCGGGGACUCAAACUCUCUCCCCCCGUCGUCCAUGUACCCCCUGGGCGCAGGUGGCCUCCUCAACAGGGCGCUGCAGCUCCAGCUGACUCGGCGGCUUUUGCAAGGCAGAGUUGGCAACAUACGCGCGCUCAUCGGCGGCUUGGCGGACCGCAAGGAUGACGCUUCCUACGACUCGGGGGAGCGGGGACGCAGGUCUGAAGACCCGCCCAUCUCCCUGGACCUCACCUUCCACCUGCUGCGGGAGAUGAUGGAGAUGUCCAAGGCGGAGCAGAUCGCGCAGCAAGCUCAAAACAACAGAAGAAUGAUGGAGCUCUUUGGGAAGUGAGGACCAAAGACCCUUCCCCCCUAAAACCCUUUUAUUUAUUUAUUAUAUAUUAUAAGAUGAUCUUUUGCAUUUGUAAAAUCAGCACAAAAACAUGCUCUGUACAAUAUCGUGCUGCUUUAUCACUCUAUUAUUUAUAGCUUUGACCUCAAACAUGAACAUGGAAUGACUUAAAAAUGAUAAUGAUGCCAU